GACACAGUGCAGUGGCAGUGUAACGGUAACGGUUUGGAUGUUGUAACGGUAUAAAAUAUAAAAGAAUGUCAAAUCAGCUGUUCUUUCUGAGUUUAGCGGAUAUCUUCUCCGUUUAUCCGACAAUUUUCAAAGAAUUAAUAGCCACACGCGAGAAACAAUCACUCAUCUAUUUGCCGAGUGAUGCCGAUUGGCAGGAACGCAUGUAUUAUCGCCUUUUGGAGGUACAAAAGCGCGUUAACGAAGCCAUCGAUAGUGGAGUUGAGGUGGACUAUGUUGUGGUGCGUAAGGACACACAUUCAUUUAAUCACCUCACAGGCGUGCUAAAUAUAUCUCCAACAAUCUCACCAACCGUUUCGCCCAAUGGUUUCUAUCAAACACCGAAAAAAAAGUGUCAACCAAUUCGCGGAAAAUCUUUGAAGGACAAGAGUAAAUUUUGGAAUUUGAAAACAAUCGCGCUUGCAGCAAACCUACUCGCAAAACCACCAAAGAGAGUACAGUUCGAAAACGAACAUGAAAUGCGGAAAGUCUAUUCUCUGAUCUACGAUGUUUUUCGUUAUAAAGUUGUGCUCUCAAAUUCACUAAACGACAUUGAGUUUUAUGAACAAUUUCCAGAGUACAAGCAAGAUGAGAACCGCAUUUGGUUAAUGUUUUACGAAUUACUCGGACGAAACUUUAAGCAACGUUUUUCGGAAGAAAUCGACUUGCAAUACCAAUUAUUUCGCGAAUCAGAUGUUGAAGAUAUCGCCGAGCAACUGUGGAACUUUCGUAAAUCUUUAGCCGCUUCUAUAUCCCGCAUGAGAAUAAAAUUCAAUGCGCUCAGCCUUUCCAAGUUAUUGCCGAUUCAUCUACAAAAUGAAAAGGUUGCUAAUGCAGCAUCAAACACAAUGGUAACGGGUUGGAUAAACCCAUUUUUAUUACGUGAUAAAACCUCAGCUGAUAAUUUUCUACACGAAUGCGGCUAUAUACUGCAGGAAAGUGAUAACAUUCACAUGUUGGAUACGAAUCAUUAUCGCUGGGACAAUGUUUGUCCACUGUUUGUAUCCUGUGUGCCACAAGAUAAGGGCGACUUCACCAAAUCAAAACUAGUCACGCAACAUUACUUUAUCAUUCAGGACAAGGCUUUCUCGUAUGGGCCAGCUGUUAUGUCCCGGCUCCUCGAGUAUUUUCAGUUAAGCGGUGACAUACUACAGACGCACAUUUCUUCACCACGUUCAACGGCCUAUUUAGCUUCGCUCUUCUAUUCCGUGAAUCGAGUGAAUAAUUUCUAUGUUUACGGUGCAGGACCGAACCUCAAAGAAUAUCGAAAGUUUAUGGAAAUACUCGGUGUCAAUAACAUACGCAUUUUCGCAGAGCUCUUCACAUCAUUUCCAUUAGAGUCGAAACGUUUCGGAUACGUUGUCGGCAUUUUCGCCAAUCCGCCGAAUUCGUUUAGCGCUAUUUCCGAUCCAAUCGAUUUGAUAUGCUCACGUGGCGGUGACUUGAGUAUGUUGGAAGUGCUCACUGAAUCGGAGAUAAGUGACGAGGGCAAACGUAGAGUCUCACUAAUACUAGAAGAACAAUUACUCACACUGCAAUUGGCUAUGUCACGACCACAAAUACAAUUUCUGCUCUACCAAACGCAUUCGAUUGUUUCAUCGGAAAAUCAGGAUAUGGUCGAUUAUGCUGUAAAACUGAUCAACGAAACAUCGCUAAGGAAACAUCAAAGUGCGUUUCGUGAACGUAAACGUUUGGAAGCAAUAGCCGAAGCUGAAGCUGCUAAUAUACCCGCAGCAGCAAUGGGUUCGCCGCGGAAACGUGCCCCGAACACGCAAACCGAUGAGAAAGGAAAGGCUCAGACUGCAACAGAAGCUGGUGUGGGAAAAUCGGAUGGAACUGCUGAAGUGCCUGUAGCAGCAGAUGAUAGUGAGGAGAACGUAGUGCUGCCGGCGGCCGAUGAAUUUAUGUGCGAAAACAUACCGGAUAUUUGUAUUAAUCAGGACAGCUGUAUAAAACAACAUUCGAUUGGUUGUUAUCUUUCGUUAAUUAAAAGAACCAAAAUUACACAAUUGAAUGCCAAAUAUCUGAUCAAGAUGGCUGAGGCGAGAGGUCUCUUCGAUACGGCCGAUAAGAGUGGCGCGCCGAAAGUGAAGACCAUUAAAACGCAGGAAACAAAUGUUGAACCGAUUGUAGAAAGCGAUUACUUCAACGGUCACAGAGCAGCGAAGCAUAUUAAUAUAGACGAAUUGAUAUCGCGCUUGAUGACAGAUACAAACUCCAGUUUAAACCGCAUUGACGUAUCUAAAGCGUCCAACCUUAAUCAACCCGUCAAAUUUAAAUUUAAGCGAAAAGAAUGCAAACGUUAUAGGGCCUCAUUGCUAAAGGUCUAUCAAAUUUCAAGACGGCAGUCAAGUACAUAUCAACGCUGUUCAGUCGAAAGUUUGGAAGAGACUUGUUCAAUAGCGAUAUGUUGUUUAAAACGUAAAGGUUUAAAAAAGCAUCCAUAUCCAUUGCACAUACAAAAUUUAGUAAUAUGAAAUAAAUAUAA